AACUCCCGAAUAUUUAUGUAAUUGUAAUUCUUUCCUUUUCCAUUCGCUGAAUUUCUUGCAAUUCUCUGUGUCUCUCUCAUGGCUUCCUCUGCAACUCUCUUUCUCUCUCUUCCAAGCCCUAGUCCAAUUUUGUCAGAGAAAGCCUCUAACCUCUCUGCACCUUUUAAUCGUGGGUUGCUCUUGUUUAAAUCAACUAACAGAACCCUAGCCAUCAGAUCAGCUCUAACUUCUCUCGACUCAAAGCAGUUAUCCUCUUUAGCGACUGGUACUUGGCAAUGGAAAUAUCAAGACAACCCCAUCAAUGUGUAUUUUGAAGAGCAUAAGGGAAAGAAACCUGAACCUUCGAAAAGAAUUCUUAUGCUACCCACUAUAUCAGAUGUUAGUACUGUCGAAGAAUGGCGAGCAGUUGCUAGCGAUAUUGCCAAUCGCGAUGGUGGGGACAAUUGGCAUACAACUAUUUUGGACUGGCCCGGAUUUGGCUAUUCUGAUAGGCCUUCAAUUAAUUAUACUUCUGAAGUCAUGGAGAAUUUCUUGGUUGAAUUCUUGAAAGCGUCAGACAGUCCUUUGAAUGGCUAUGAUAAUGAAAUAGUAAUUGUUGCGGGAGGACAUGCAGCAACUAUAGCCCUUCAUGUAGCAAAUAAAGGUUUGGUGAAGGCAUCAGCAAUUGCUGCUGUUGCACCUACUUGGGCUGGUCCUCUUCCUAUUGUAUUUGGUCGAGAUACAAACAUGGAAUCAAGGUACGGGCUCUUGAGGGGUACACUCAGAACACCUGCUGUGGGUUGGAUGAUGUAUAAUAUGCUUGUCAGCAAUGAGAAGUCCAUACAAUCUCAGUAUGAAUCACAUGUAUAUGCUGACCCCGAAAAUGUGACUCCAUCAAUUAUCAGUAGCCGAUAUGCUUUGACGAAGCGAAAAGGCGCCCGUUAUGCACCUGCUGCCUUCUUGACAGGUCUCUUAGACCCUGUGAAAUCUCGAGAGGAAUUUCUUGAGCUGUUCAAGAAAUUAGAUGGGAAGAUUCCAAUUUUGGUUGUAUCAACUAAAAGUGCACCAAAGAGAUCCAAGGGUGAGAUGUCUGCCUUAAAUGGAGUUGAAGGGGUUACAAAGUUUGUUGAAGUUCCUGGCGCCCUUCUCCCUCAAGAGGAAUACCCAGCAAUUGUUGCCGAUGAGUUGUACAAGUUCUUGCAAGAGCAAUUUGCACUAGUGGGAUAGAAGCUUUUGUAGAGGUUUUUGCAGGUAGUUCCCAAUUGACUAAUGGGAAGGAAUUUUUUGUCAUCUUCAUUGUUGUUAUCAUCCUUGUCGAUGUUUUCAUCAUUAUUGUUGUCAUCAUCACCAUUAUGGAGUUAUGCAAAUACACGGCACCCAAAAUCAUGAGUGUAAAAUUAUAAUGUUGAAACCUUUUUGUUUGGUAAAUUAUGAUGCUAAGGAUGUGUGCUAUUACUGGUGUAGUAUAUUACCAAUUCAUUGUUCUUUAUAUAUGUAAAGCAGUUCAUUGUGAAAAUCUUCCCAAAACUAUAAAUUACAUAAUAAUUGGAAAAUAUGUCAAACUCACAUUUGUGGGUGAUGAACUGUGUGGAUUUUGCACAAUAUUUAA